ACAUCUAUUACCCAAACAUAAAACUCACUUCCUUCCCUCGUUUUCUGCUCUCUCUUCUUUCUCUCACUAAAACCCUCGUUUCCCCUUCUCUCUCUCUCUUUCUCUCCUCCAACCUCCGUCUCUUUUCUCGCCGCCCUGCGAUCCAUGUCGAGCGGCGUACGUUCUUCUCCGGGACAUUCUCAGCCGCCGCCACCAUCGUCAUCAUCCAACCCUGUGGUCCCACCAAUACGUCGACACUUAGCGUUCGCCUCAACGAAACCGCCAUUCCACCCCUCUGAUUACCGUCGAUUCGCCCCUUCCUACCUCACCAACAACGGCGAGGAGGACGCCGUCGUUUUGAGAUCUCCUGUGCAGUCACGGAAGAGGAAGUCGAUGAUGGAUGUGGUUACUACUACUACUAGUUGUAAUAGUAAUGGAUUCACGAGCUCCGGUUCCACUAGCAUACACAAUACUCCUCUUUCAGCUAAAAGAGGCAGAGUCAACACCACCAAGUCAAAGACCAAAGAGACUCACUCACUUCCCCAAACACCCAUCUCAAAUUCUGUUGUAGGUUCUCCUGCCACACUAACUCCUUCUGGAAGCUGCCGUUAUGACAGUUCUUUAGGUCUCCUUACAAGAAAGUUUGUGGAUCUAAUCAAACAAGCGGAAGAUGGGAUGGUGGACCUAAACAAAGCGGCAGAAACAUUGGAGGUGCAGAAACGACGUAUAUACGAUAUCACAAACGUUUUGGAGGGGAUUGAUCUCAUUGAAAAGCCUUUCAAGAACCGGAUUCUUUGGAAGGGAGUUGAUGCUUCGAGGCCUGGCGAUGUGGAUGCUGAAGUAUCUGUCUUGCAGGCAGAAAUUGGAAACCUUAACCUCGAGGAGCAAGCGCUAGAUAAUCAAAUCAGAGAAACGGAGGAUAGACUAAGAAAUCUUAGCGAGAAUGAAAAGAAUCAGAAGUGGCUUUUUGUAACAGAAGAGGACAUCAAGAGUUUACCGGGUUUCCAGAACCAAACUCUGAUAGCCGUUAAAGCUCCUCAUGGCACAACUUUGGAAGUCCCGGAUCCAGAUGAAGCGGGUGACCUCCCUCAAAGGAGAUACAGGAUCAUUCUUAGAAGUACAAUGGGACCUAUUGACGUAUACCUUGUCAGCGAAUUUGAGGAGACGAAUGGGAAUAUUGAGCCACCAGCAUGCUUGCCUAUUGCUUCUUGCUCAGGAUCUACAGAAAAUCAUGACAUCGAAGCCUUAGCUAUUGAUAACACAGAAACUGCCAUUGAGCAUCAGAUGUCUCAAGAUCAUAAUGCACAUGCUCAACCGGGCGAUACCUCUGACCUUAAUUUUUUGCAGGAGCAAGUAGGAGGAAUGCUUAAGAUUGCUCCCUCUGACAUCGAAAAUGAUGAUACAGACUACUGGCUUCUCUCUAAUGCUGAAAUUAGCAUGACGGAUAUUUGGAACACCGACUCUGGUAUCGAUUGGGACUAUGGAAUAGCUGACGUGAGGACUCCACCACCGGUAAUGGGUGAAAUAGCUCCAGCUGCUAUUGACUCCAAACCAAGAUGAUUGCAAGAAGACCAAACACCUUUCCCAGCUUCUGAUCCAGAUGUGUCUCUUCACAGCAAUCCAAGGAGGAGGGAGCAGAUACAGAACGCUUGUGAACCAGUGGCAGGUGCGUUCCAUACAAUUUAGCGUUAAAUUAUGAUUCAUUUGUCGCUGGAGAAUGGUCGUGUAACGAGUGACAAUGUAGAGAAACUAAUGGAAGUCAAAAUUGAACACAUAUUCUCUCUGGAUUAAA